CCUGGCAGCCUCACCAUGGCCUGGACCCUCCUGCUCCCCCUCCUCACACUCUGCACAGGUCCUGUGGCCUCUUCAGGAGUGACUCAGCCCCCAGCAGUGUCUGUGGCCCCAGGACAGAUGGCCCGGAUCACCUGCCAGGGAAAUCCCAUAACACAAUAUUAUCCAAGCUGGCUGCAGCAGAAGCCCGGCCAGGCCCCUGUGGUGGUCAUCUAUGGUAACAACGAACGGCCCUCAGGGAUCCCUGAGCGAUUUUCUGACUCUUACUCUGGGGACACGAACACCAUGACCAUCAGCGGGGUGCAGGCCCAGGACGAGGCCGAAUAUUACUGUGUGGUGUGGGACAAUAGUGCUGAAUGUUUUGUGUUCGGCGGAGGGACCCAGCUGACCGUCCUAGGUCAGCCCAAGUCUGCACCCUCCGUGUCUCUGUUCCCGCCAUCCGCUGAGGAGCUCAACAACAACAAGGCCACACUGGUGUGUCUCAUGAGUGACUUCUACCCGGGCAGCGUGACGGUGGCCUGGAAGGCAAAUGGCACCCCCGUCACCCAGGGCGUGGAGACCACCAAGCCCUCCAAGCAGAGCAACAACAAGUACGCGGCCAGCAGCUACCUGAGCGUGUCCAGCCAAGACUGGAAGUCCGCCAGCGCCUACAGCUGCCAGGUCACGCACGACGGGAAGACCGUGGAGAAGACAGUGGCCCCCUCGGAGUGCUCCUAGGACCUGAGUCCCCACUUCUGGGGACACUUCUCCGUCAGACUCUCCCUUCCCCUGCUCCCCACUGUCCCCCUGAGUCUCUGCCCUGGUCGCUCAGACUGGGCAGGUUGCCAUCCCUCCCUGUUUCCCCUUCUCCUGAAUAAACUCCUGUCAUUUCUCAUCUGA